CCAAAAUCUAAAUUAUGAUAAAAACAAAAGAAGUUACGUUUGUGACGAUUUUGAUUGUAUUAUGCGUGUUUAUAAGUACCAUUCAUGCGAAAAGAUAUAUUGAGUAUCCAAUUAGAUUAGAUUUAGGUAAAGGUUGUGAUCCAAGAUUUCCUACCGCUGCAUGUUAUAAGCGCACACCAGCAAAUCCAUAUAGGCGUCCAUGUACUACUGCCAAUAGAUGUCGUCGUUCUACUUCUUCUACACGAGUACCAUCUUUGAAAACUUUUGUGGAAAUACCACCAAUGUAAAC